AUGUUGGACCAGCCGCAGCGUUGGGCUAAUUUGACAAAUUUCGGAAAUAUUCCAAGCAUGAAAGAAGCUUUGAUGAGCAAACAACAAUCUGAUCGUAGAUUAUUGAACAUGAAGCUAAAACAAAGGGCUUUAACGGGCAAACCCCAAAACAAGAGGUUUGUAUCAUCUGCUUCUACUUCACAGGGACGUGAACCACGCCGGUAUCCCAUGGAAUACUCUCGCGAAGACUCGACGAGAGCAGGAAAGCAACAUCAAGCACUCCGUAAACAGUUGGAACAACGAGUACACAAUGCUAGGAUAGACAGUGGCAGUUUAAGACAAUACAGCCUUGGUCUGUUUGACAGUGUUGUGCAGAAUCUGAACAAAAACGAUUCUAAUUACAAGCCAAAACAGCAAACAAGUACUUUGUAUCAUGCUAACGAGGAAAAAGACAAAAAACCCAUCCGGCCACAAACGGCAGGUCACAAUGGACCCUCAUAUGAUGGCAGUCUUCUUUAUAACAAAAGAGGAAAGGUCUUGAAUUCCAUUAGGCUAAGGCCACAGUCUGAGCCUGUAGGCAGGUAUAACCACGUGAAAGGAAAGAUUGUACCUCCAGAGAUACAGAAGACACUAUGUCAGAGCAACAACGAGUUCCGUGUGCUGACCUCUCCUAUGCCCAUACAUCCUCCAUCUCCAAGGUCAAGGUCAUCAUCAAUAAGUGAUUUUAAGCUGGUGCCAUUAAAUGGAACUGGAAGUAUUUCAGAAAUUUCUUCAGUCCAUGACUUUAACACUGAUGGGGCUGUACGUGUUGAACUGAACAGUGAGAAUGGAUUUGUUGAAUUGGACGAGUUGGAAACCUCCAGAACUUCCUCCCAGAUAUCCAAUGACAUUGCAUUCAGAACGAGGAAUAUGCCGUCAGGCACUGUCCACUUUUACUCACUAGAAUACGAAAGUUCAAUUGAGGAAUCCAUCCCGGAUGUACCACCACCAGCUGAGGUUAAGCCACCUCCUCCUCCACCAGAAGAACCGAAGGCCAAGGCAAAGAAGGGCAAACAAAGGUUAAAAUUCCUUGCUAAAGCCAUGUCAAGUGCCAAAAAGAAGAAGGAAUCGGAACCGCCACCACCACCACCGCCAGAACCAGUAGUAGUCAAGGCACCAGAGGUCAAGAAACCAUUGAGAGGACCAAAGUGUUGGGUGGAUGACGCAACUGUUACUAGUGAGUGUGAGGAUAAGGCCGAAAAUGAGCAAACAACAUCGGAAGGAAACCGUCCAGUUUCUGCAGCUAAAUCCCUCACAAUCUCUGACAAGCGUACAACGGACAUAAUAGACCCGGCAAAUAGUGCCGGACAGCAGCAAAUACAGGGGGAUACUGCCGCACCAGUGGACUCUGAUGUAGAAGGUGCUGAUGAAGGUCCCUCCUUCUUACCCAAAUUUCUCUGUCCAAGUUCGGUUCGGAAAUCAAAGUACGCUGCUGUCAAAGAAUGGUUAACAACAACGAAUUUUAACCAUGCCGAGAAAUCUGUACCAUUAUUAUAA